AAAGCUAUUCUAGGCUUCUGUGUAUCAUUCAAUGUUGAUGUGAAAAAUGCCAUGACUUUCAGUGGUCCAGUGGAAGACAUGUUUGGUUAUACUGUUCAACAAUAUGAGAAUGAAGAAGGCAAAUGGGUGCUUAUUGGUUCUCCUUUAGUUGGACAACCCCAAAACAGGACGGGAGAUGUCUACAAGUGUCCAGUUGGCCGAGGGGAAUCACUACCUUGCAUUAAAUUGGAUCUGCCAGUUAAUACGUCAAUUGCCAAUGUCACAGAAGUCAAGGAGAACAUGACUUUUGGAUCAACUUUAGUCACCAACCCAAAUGGAGGGUUUCUGGCAUGUGGGCCUUUAUACGCCUAUAGAUGUGGACAUGUGCAUUACACGACAGGAAUCUGCUCUGACGUCAGCCCCACAUUUCAAGUCAUCAACUCUUUUGCCCCUGUUCAAGAAUGCAGCACUCAACUGGACAUAGUCAUAGUACUGGAUGGUUCCAACAGUAUUUAUCCCUGGGAAAGUGUUACGCAUUUCUUAAAUGACCUUAUUGAAAGGAUGGAUAUUGGUCCUAAACAGACACAGGUUGGAAUUGUGCAGUAUGGAGAAGAUGUAACCCAUGAAUUCAACCUCAACAAGUAUUCAUCAACGGAAGAUGUACUUGUUGCAGCAAAUAAAAUAGUCCAGAGAGGUGGCCGCCAGACAAUGACAGCCCUUGGAAUAGACACAGCAAGGAAGGAGGCAUUCACUGAAGCCCGGGGUGCCCGAAGGGGAGUUAAGAAAGUCAUGGUCAUUGUCACUGAUGGAGAAUCCCAUGACAACCAUCGACUGAAUAAGGUCAUCCAGGACUGUGAAGAUGAAAACAUCCAGAGAUUUUCUAUAGCUAUUCUUGGCAGUUAUAAUCGAGGAAAUUUAAGUACUGAAAAAUUUGUGGAAGAAAUAAAAUCCAUUGCAAGUGAACCGACUGAAAAUCAUUUCUUCAACGUCUCCGAUGAAUUGGCCCUUGUCACUAUCGUAAAAGCUCUGGGAGAAAGAAUAUUUGCCCUGGAAGCUACAGCUGACCAGUCAGCAGCCUCAUUUGAAAUGGAAAUGUCUCAGACUGGCUUCAGUGCUCAUUAUUCACAGGACUGGAUCAUGCUUGGAGCAGUAGGAGCCUAUGAUUGGAAUGGAACAGUCGUCAUGCAGAAAGCUAAUCAAAUGAUAAUCCCUCAAAAUACAACCUUCAAUGUCAAGUCUACUGAAAAGAACGAACCUCUUGCUUCUUAUUUAGGUUACACAGUGAACUCCGCCACUGUCCCCGGAGACGUGCUGUACAUCGCCGGACAGCCUCGGUACAAUCACACGGGCCAGGUGGUCAUCUACAGGAUGGAAGGUGAUGACAUCAAGAUUCUCCAGACACUCAGUGGAGAACAGAUUGGUUCCUACUUUGGCAGUGUUCUAACAACAGUUGACAUCGACAAAGAUUCCAACACUGACCUGCUCCUGGUCGGGGCUCCCACGUACAUGGGGACAGAGAAGGAGGAACAAGGAAAAGUGUACGUGUAUGCCGUCAAUCAGACAAGGUUUGAAUAUCAAAUGAGCCUAGAGCCUAUUAAGCAGACUUGCUGUUCAUCUCUGAAGCACAAGUCAUGCACAAAAGAAAACAAAAAUGAGCCAUGCGGGGCUCGUUUUGGAACGGCCAUUGCUGCCGUAAGAGACCUCAACCUGGACGGAUAUAAUGACGUCGUGAUCGGAGCUCCGCUGGAAGAUGACCACGGGGGCGCCGUGUACAUCUAUCAUGGCAGCGGGCAGACCAUCAGGAAGGAGUACGCACAACGUAUUGCAUCAGGAGGGGAUGGCGAGACGCUUAAGUUUUUUGGCCAGUCUAUCCAUGGAGAAAUGGAUUUGAAUGGUGAUGGGCUGACUGAUGUGACUAUUGGGGGCCUUGGUGGUGCUGCCCUCUUCUGGUCCCGAGAUGUGGCUGUAGUUAAAGUGACCAUGAAUUUUGAACCCAAUAAAGUGAACAUUCAAAAGAAAAACUGUCGCGUAGAGGGAAAAGAGACGGUCUGCAUAAACGCCACAGUGUGUUUCGGCGUGAAGCUCAAGUCUAAAGAAGACACGGUUUACGAAGCCGAUAUGCAAUACCGUGUCACCCUGGAUUCACUAAGACAGAUAUCACGAAGUUUUUUCUCUGGAACUCAAGAAAGAAAGGUCCAAAGAAACAUCACAGUCCGAGAAUCCAAGUGCACGAAGCACUCCUUCUACAUGUUGGACAAACAUGACUUCCAGGACUCGGUGAGAAUAACCCUGGAUUUUAAUCUCACUGAUCCAGAAAAUGGGCCCGUUCUCGAUGAUGCUCUACCAAACUCAGUACACGAACAUAUUCCUUUUGCUAAAGACUGUGGAAACAAGGAAAAGUGCAUCACAGACCUCACCCUGGAUGUGUCCACCACAGAGAAAGGCCUGCUGGUUGUCAGAUCCCACAAUGACAAGCUGAAUGUGAGCCUCACAGUCAGAAACAAAAGGGACAGUGCCUACAACACCAGAACCAUAGUGAAUUACUCUCCAAACCUCAUUUUUUCGGGAAUUGAGGGCAUCCAAAAAGACAGUUGUGAAUCCAAUCGUAACCUCACGUGUAAAGUCGGUUACCCUUUUCUAAGAAAAGGAGAAAUGGUAACUUUUAAAAUAUUGUUUCAGUUUAACACAUCUCAUCUCAUGGAAAACGUGAUCAUUCAUUUAAGUACAACAAGUGACAGUGAAGAACCUCCCGAAACCCUUUUGGAUAAUGAAGCUAACAUUUCUAUCCCUGUAAAAUAUGAAGUGGGGCUGCAGUUUUACAGUUCUGCAAGUGAAUACCAUAUUUCAAUUGCGGCCAAUGAGACAGUCCCUGAAGUUCUUAAUUCCACUGAAGACAUUGGAGAUGAAAUUAACGUCUUCUACUUGAUUAGAAAAGGUGGACCUUUUCCAAUGCCAGAGCUUAAGCUGUCAAUUUCAUUCCCCAACUUGACAUCAGAUGGUCAUAUUGUGCUGUAUCCGACAGGAUGGUCGUUUUCAGAUAAUGCUAGGUGCAGACCCCAUAGCCUGGAGGACCCGCUUGGUAUCAACUCUGGAAAAACAAUUCAAUUGAAAUCUGAUGAUCUCAAACAAAGGACAAUUCGGGACUGUGCCGCAUGUAAAUUUGCCACCAUCACCUGUAAUAUCAUUCCUUCAGAUGUGAGCCAAGUGAAUGUGUCUCUUCUCUUAUGGAGACCAACGUUCAUAAAAGCAUAUUUUUCCAGCUUAAACCUUACCAUAAGGGGAGAACUUCAGAGUGAAAACACAUCACUGGUUUUAAGUAGCGGCAAUCAAAAAAGAGAGCUUGCUGUUCAGAUCUCCAAGGACGGGUUACCAGGCAGAGUGCCCUUGUGGGUCAUCCUGCUGAGUGCUUUUGCUGGAUUGCUGCUGCUAAUGUUGCUCAUAUUAGCUCUGUGGAAGAUUGGAUUCUUCAAAAGGCCACUAAAGAAGAAAAUGGAGAAAUAAAAUAUUAUACAAAAGGAAAAAUAGGAAUUAUUCAAUGAUGUAUCCUCAGGUUUGCCUCAAAUAUGUGACAAGAAAUUUAAAUGAGGUCACAUAAUUCUGUGUAAUCCAUCAGGGAUUUAUCAUUUGGAAAAAAUGACAGAUCAAGCUGAUCCGAAAAAGUAUCACAGAUAUUUUUUGUAAAUUUAUGAAAAAUAUGUUAAAUAUUCAUUUUUAUUGAGUAUUUAAGAGUGUUACAAAGUGUUUUAAAUAACCUAUACAUCUAAAAUAUUUAAGGAUAAGAAUUUAUAUAAUUGAAACAUUUAAUUUCAAAAUGAUAUAAAGGAAGCAUUUCCCUUGAUUCCUGAUGGAUAUGCAGGUUCAGCCGCAGUUAGCAGUUGUAAAUGCUAAGCAAGGAAUUAUCUGAAAAAGUUACUUUUUCCAGUUCCAGUGGGAAAAACUCUCCCUCAUAGAGUCCAUCUACAAAUCGGACUGAAAUGGAGUAAAAUCACAAAGAAUACAGUCAACAUCUUUGUGUUGGACUCUGUACUUGGAAAGGUUUAUUUUUUCUACUGUGAUGCAAAAGUAAUGCAGUUGAACAGAACCUCCAUCCAGGACAAAAUCAAAAUGGAUACCUAGUGUAAAAAUAAGUGUACUGAAUGGGUUAAUUUAAGUUUUUAUAGAAGAUGCUUAAUUUUGAUAUUGAAGUCUAAAUGCAGAACUUUUAUACUGAAAAAAUAGCAUUUUUGUGUGUUGCAACAGUAGUUUUUCAUGAAAAGCCAAAUUGUGUGAAGGAUAUGCUAAAAUGAUUGCUGAAUGGAACGUGGUAGCAUCGGCUGUCGCCACUGAAAUCCUCUGUGCUGAGCAGAUGUUGAAUGGGAGGGGUUCCCGGAUGUAGCCUAAAAUAGGAGUCUCUUGACCUCCUUGGUACAGGGUUCAUUCAAAGCCCGAAGCUGUGAGAUUAUGCUUAUCUUUUUCAUUUUUAAGAAUUCCAUUUCAGUAUUGUAUUUUACCAAGCAGUUACAGCUUGCUUUUGAGUGUGGUGGAACAAAAUUGAAACAGAAGCCCAGCAGUAGAAAGAGUGUCAGGUUUGAAAGUUCCCAUCCCAGACAGAGCUAACAUCUCUGCAUGUGCUUCUUUGUUCUUGAAGUAAUCGUUGAGGUCGAUUCGGUUCCGCUUGUUUCAUAAGCUCCUGGGUCACUCUGUUUCUUAGGACAGUAACAGUAAAUGAAUGUAUAGUGGCUGUACAUGUGAACCACCACUGUAAACUUUGCUGAUAUUUCUGGAACCACUCCAUUUCUUCCCUUGAUUUACUAUCCCAAUGUCAAAACACGUAAUUGUUCAGGAAGUCCCAAUUUGCUUUCUCAAAUUUUAAUUUGCUUUAUCAAAGCAGCAAAUUAACAGUGAGAUGAAAUGCCAUUAAUUUAAUUGCUUAAAACAGUUUUCCAAGGAACUCUUGUGGUGUCUCAGAAUCAGCCUACCUCUUGACUCUCCACAUCUAGGAGCCUGAAGCCCAAGUGGAUGUGCCUGGGGGGGAUGGCAAAGUUAUCUGUAGCUAGAAGAAAGGUUUAUCUUUUUUAAAGAUUUGGAAUCCACCUGCUGCCCAUCU